UGUGCCUGAAGUGUGGGUGGGCGGGGCUUGCAGAGCAGAAGAGUGUGUGGGGUCUUUUCUUGAUAAACACAACAGUGAGUACACUUCGCACAGCUGUGCACUGCAUCAUCUCUGCCCUAAUUGGCUCAGGCACUUUAGCAAUUAGUCAUGAAUAUGCAUGAUUCACAAAGCAGGGUGCAAAUGAAAUCACUCAUAGAAAGCUCCACAAUGUCUACAACACAGUGGAGGGAUUGUGAUUGGCUCUGAGUCAUUGUAAAGGGGAAUAAGAAUCAUGCAUAUGCAUGAUGGUAGAGGGAUACUAUAUUAUCUUUGAUAUCAUUACAGUCCUGCUUGGAAAAACUGGAUGUAUAGUUAGUUGCCUUUGCUAGCACUGUUCGAUCAAAACACCUCCAGUUAGCCACCUAACCUGCGAUAUAUGUUGUUAGACAGCCAACCUCUUUUUGUAAAUAACAUUUCAUCGCUAGAAUGUUGUCGUUGUUUAUCAGCUAAUUAUGUUCGAGAGUGGAUGACUAAUAUCACAUACUUUCAUUUUAUUUUUUUCUAUUUCUCACAGCGAUUUGGAUAACGAGCGCUCAUCCGGCAUAUGUUGUGAAGGAACUCGGUACUUUGGUUAAUACACAAGGAUUGACAACAAAAAUUGUUCUUCAUAUUUUGGCUUUUAUGAAUUAAUUUCCUUAAUUUUCUCUGGAAUUCAACUUGACCUCUUCUGAUGAUCACCUUGUUCUAUCCGGAACCACAGAUCACUUCAAGUACUUGGUGUUAAUAAAGGAUAUGCAGCAAUAAACAUUAUUUACAAAGGUGUACAUCUAUAGGAUUUUCACAUCCAGGAAUCAAAGCAAACUGGAGAUGUCUGAAUUUUUAAGCAAACUGGAGAUGUCUCUGAAUUUUUAAUCUAUUUGCAUUUCGAUCAGGACACUGAAAUCAAUUUCAUAUUGGAAUUGUACAGUCAAUGAGAUAACUUAAUGGAAUCUAUUUUGUGAGUUGCUUCUUCAAACUUUACCUAACUCUUCAACAAAUUAUUUGACUCUCCUUUGUUAGUUCAAUUGAGUGAUAAUAUUUUCAAAUAUGCUCAGGUGAAAGCAGAUCCUUAGAGUACAUAACAAUUUUGACAACUUUCUUACCUGGAAGAUAUAAACUGAAGUAGAAAUGGCCAUGGUCAGUUAUGAUAACCUGAACAUCUUGCUCAUGAGCAAGGCAUUGAUAAUGUUACACCUUGCAUUAGGAGUCCUAAGCCAGGCGGUUCAAUUUACAGUGCAGCCAAGUCCGGUUGCAGUACUGGAAGGGAGAGCUGCAACAAUGGACUGUAGCAUCAGCAACCUCAACUCACGUCAUAAGGUCCUGUGGUACAGAGGUGGAAUACUCCUUAGCAAUGGUACAGCGAUUGUUGGUCACCAGCUCAAUGCCACCAGGUAUUCCAUCAUGGUCAACACCAACUCCGGCCAGUAUAACCUUCACAUACGCUCUGUAUCCAAAUCAGAUGAUCAUAGCUACGAGUGUGCGGUCGAGAGCAUCUCAAAUGCAGGGGUGACCCAGGAGGUUUUAAGAUCCCGUAGUGCUCGCCUGGAAAUAUACCAUCUCCCUGACAGAAGUAGAUUUCCACGCUGUGAGCCCCUGACAAAGCCCAACUACACCGAAGGUGAGUUUGUUACAAUCUUGUGCAAGUCCGAGCGAGCUAACCCACCGGUAACCCUCAAAUGGAAGCGUAACGGAAUUCUUAUAUCACAAGUUCAAAUCGAUGACACUGUUACAACAGGAUACCGUACUCUGCGACACAGGUUUCAGGCAGACGCAAGUUUGAAUGGUGCCUCAUUUGAGUGCCACGCGAGUAGCGAGGCCGAUGAUACAUAUUCAGAGCACUGUGUCCUAAGUGGUCUCAAUGUGUUGUAUAAACCACGAGUUAGCCUUGAAAAAGCAAAUGAUGCUGUCCAUGCUGAUCAAGAAUUUGUUUUCCAAUGUAUUGCUGAUGCCAAUCCAGGACCCAGCCAUUAUGUUUGGAAGAGAACACCUGAAAUCCCUGCAGAGCGUGUCAAGUUCUCUCAGGAUAAAACGCAAAUGAUCAUUAGUCCAAGGGAUAUGGACAAUGGCACGCUUAUCACAUGCAACGUAAGUAAUGCUAUUGGAAGUCUCUCUUCCAGCUUGCUGAUGAUUGUCCAGCCUGUAAUUGUAGAAACCACCACUCCAAAGAGUAAUGUUUCAACCGUUGUCACCAUGCGACCAAAAACCUCAACAGACACCACUCCAUACAAGCCAGAUGUUGGUAGCUCUGCCUCAGAAUCAGUGCCCUUGAGCCCAGAAAUCCUUGCAAUCAUCAUUGGUAUCAUCGGUCUGUUGAUUCUCAUAGUGCUUGUUAUAACCCUUGGAUAUCUCUGCAGAUGCUUCCCUGUCCAACACAAAGGCUCCUACGACAACAGCGUCUACGGAUCCACCUUCGGGCCAAACUAUGGUCCACAUGAAAGGCCCAUUUGGGACCAAACAAGUAUUUAUUUUGAGCCUAAGGAUCAUUUAAGAGAGCUCAACACGUGGCAGAGGACUCAUCGCCCGGUGUGGCAAAGAAAUGUAAGUGUACAAGUGCCCCAUGUCGAGGAGGAAGAUCCUCCAUACCAAGAAAUAGGACAAGACUGGGACGAUGGUACGUACACAAUGCAAAUAUAGCCUUGGCGCAAAUUUCAACUUUUUACAAGCUUAGAUCCAAAUAUCUUAUACAGGAAAAAAAAGCAGGCUCUUAACCACAAUCAUUCAACAAUAUCACGGAAUAAACAGCAUGACAGGCAAUUUCUUUUAAACAUCCUACUACGAAAUAUGAGAAAAUACAAAACAUCUCAAAACUUCGGCAACUGAUGGUUGAAAUGUGUUUUAAGUGCUAACGGUCCAGGUGGAUGUGCUUUGCUUUGUUAAAGUGUUACAGUCCACUCUAAUGCCUAUCUGUUGAAUGAUGCAUAAACAGAUUGGAGGAUUCUAACACCCUAACUGCUCCAAUAAAAACAUCAGACUCAAAGAGCAUGGGCUCGCCUAUCUUCACAAUGAACUAAAAAGCAAUCACCGAUUUGUUUUGCUCUUUAUAUUUGUAAUGCAAGAUGCAUGGUAGCACUGCAAGAGAAUGGACUUAUAGGGGCAAUUCUAAGAAACAUGGAGUGUUGCUAUAUCAAAAUGAUAUAUAUGAAAGGGUAUUCAAAUGAAUAUAAUGUUUAAGUUUCAUAUACAGUAUAUCUAUAAUCAUACAAAAAGCCCUGAAAAUGAAUUUGUCUAAACCGAUGGGAGGUUACAGAAAAAUGAUAUGCAUUUUUUUAUAUAUAUGAAUGCAUAUCACAGCAAUAAUAAAUGAUCGAGGUUAAAUUUUUGGUAAUAUUUGAUUUUUGCUGGUUAUUUGUCAUCAAUAUUCAAAGGCAGAGUUGUUUCUCCUUAACUGUGCUAUAUCAUACCUUAUGGCUACCAUCAGGGACAUAUUGCUGCAUUUAAAGACAAAAAAGAAACAAUAAAUCCAAUGUAAAUCUAUCACUUGCAUAAUUACAAAUUUAUAAAUUAUUUCAGCAUUUAUAUUAAAAAAUUUAUGUACAUAAGUAAAUAUACUAUCCAAACACUUAUUUUUGAUGAAAUCCACUUGGAUCAAUUUUUGUACAUGUGAUUUUGUUUUACAUUUGAAAUAUGUUGUAUUUUAAUUACAUUUAUGAAAAAGAAAUAGUUGCAAUUCCUACCUUAUUUUUUAAUGAAUGAGCAGGCUCAAAAUAUUUGUUCUCUAAUUUCAAUUGUUACAAUUUAAUUUUUGCAUCCAUGAACACUGUUGUGUUAGAUGUUUGCUUAAUGUUAAAUACCAUCCCAUUCUUUUGCCAAUAACUCAGCCCUAAUGCGGGCAAGAUAAGUUGAAAACGAUAUUAUAACUAAUCAUUAUGUGCCUCAUGUAAACUAUGUUUGUAUAAAUGAUAUCCAAAAUAAUGAUAAUUCACAUUCCAUGAAAAUGUUACACAGAACACAGCUGGUAAUACUUAAUAAAUAACUAAGGAAGAUUUUGCCGGAAACUUAUUUGCAAUCGAUUGCGAAUCUCACAAAUUUGUAAUUGAUCAAUGAACCACAGACUGUAUAAACUUUAGAAAGUGUUUUUUCUGCCAAAAUUUGAAAAUAUUAGUUUUAGUUUUGCUAACAAGUAUACAAGUAUCCACUUUUGUUGGUCUUGGUCGUAAACGUAAAGCCCUGUGACUUUUAUCAGCUUACUGUUCAUGCAACUGUGGAGAGAAAUGUCUUGCAUAUUUUCUCAUACAUGAUGGUGACAACUAAAGUAACAUUUGAUAAAAAAAAUCAAGAUGAAUAUCAAAUAAUUCGCUUUGUGAUGUAUGCAUGGUUGUUAUUUUGAUUUUGUCAAAAAAUACUAUAAUGUUUUUGUAAAACAUUACUUAAUCAAAGCAAUUACAAUCUUUAGUUUCUGCCAUUUCUGUUACUUUGAAUACAAUUAUCUCCACUGCAAAAGCUGAUGUCACUAUGACUUGAUAAAAAUCUUAUCUUUUAGAAAACAAUUUUCCAUAAAAAAUCAAGAUGUAAAAUUCAAUAUUCUCUUCUUUAAUAUUUCAGUAUGGUCAUGCAAUUUAUGGCUGUAAUAACCUAAUCAUAUACACAUUUAUUCCCAAUUCAAUUUAUAGCCAAUUAGUCCAUUGAAUUUUUCAACUCAAUUCCUAUCCACCGUAAUAAAAUAAUGACUUAAUCGGGAAGCCAGGCUCAAGCAGUGGACAAUUAUGGCUA